CCCUCCUCACUCCUCACCCUCCCUCUCUCACCCAAUCCAACCAUGUCCGCCUACGACAAAGACGGCGCCGCCGUCUACGAGAAGGACAAAGUCGGCUCCUCCGACGAUGUCUCGCCCAGUCGCUAUGAGACCAAUGAGCACGAUGUCGAGGCUCAGCCGGGGCAGAACCCGUUGCUGAGGAAGCUGAAGAAUAGGCAUAUGCAGAUGAUUGCUAUUGGUGGCUCCAUUGGUGCUGGUCUGUUUAUUGGAUCUGGUGGUGCGCUGUAUAAUGGUGGUCCCGGUUCGCUGACUAUCGAUUUCAUCAUCGUCGGUGUUAUGAUGUUGAUGACCGUCAAUGCUCUGGGUGAGCUUGCUGUCAUGUACCCCGUCAACGGUGCUUUCUUCACGUACUCUGCUCGCUUCAUCGACCCGUCUUGGGGUUUCGCCAUGGGCUGGAACUACGCCAUGUCGUGGCUUGUCGUCUUCCCCUUCGAAUUGAUCGCCGCCAGUAUCACCAUCCGCUUCUGGACCGGAAACGAUAACGACGACAGCGCGACUGUCAGCGACGGCGUGUGGAUCGCUGUCUUCCUCGUCAUCAUCAUCUUCGUCAACGUCUUUGGUAUCCGUGGCUACGGUGAAGUCGAGUUCGUCCUCGGCACGAUCAAGGUCAUUGCUGUCAUCGGCUUCAUCCUCGCAGGUAUCAUCAUCAACUGCGGUGGUGUUCCCACUGACACCAGAGGAUACAUUGGCGCGGCAUACUGGCAUGCACCCCAGCAAGCCUUCAAGAACGGCUUCAAGGGCUUCUGCUCCGUCUUCGUCACCGCCGCCUUCGCUUUCGCUGGAACUGAGCUUGUCGGUCUUGCUGCCGCCGAGGCCGACAACCCUCGCAAGACCCUCCCCAAGGCCACCAAGCAGGUCUUCUGGCGUGUCUCCCUCUUCUACGUCGUCUCGCUCUUCAUCCUGGGCCUGAUCAUCAAGUCUGACGACCCACUUUUGUCCAAGGCAUCCGGAGCUAACUCCAAGUACUCCCCCUUCGUCCGCGCCUUCCAGGAGGCCAAUAUCAAGGUCCUCCCCUCCAUCAUGAACGCCGUCAUCACCCUCUCCGUCAUCUCCGUCGCCAACUCGUGUACCUUCGGCUCCACCCGCACGCUCCAGGCCCUAGCCAUGCACGGCAUGGCCCCCAAGUGGUUCAGCAAGGUCGACAAGCACGGCCGCCCGUGGGUCGCCAUGAUCUUCGCGCUCGCCUUCGGCUUCAUCGCCUUCAUCCGCCUCUCCCCCAAGGGCGGUGAGGUCUUCGACUGGCUCCUCGCGCUUUCGGGUCUCUCGUCCUUCUUCACCUGGGGCUCCAUCUGCCUCGCUCACAUCUGCUACCGUCGCGCGUGGAAGCUGGCGGGUCGCGGGCUCGACGAGCUGCCUUUCGCUGCCAUGUUCGGUGUUACUGGAUCCUGGAUCGGAUUCCUCCUCAACGUCCUCUGCCUCAUCGCUUCCUUCUACGUUGCCCUCUACCCCGUCGGAGGACCCAACCUCGACGCCGAGGGCUUCUUCAAGAGCUACCUCGCCGGCCCCAUCGUCAUCCUCUUCUUCGUCGGCCACAAGAUCUACACCCGCACCUUCAAGUUCGGCGUCAACCUCUCCACCGUCGACGUCGACCACGGCCGCCGCGAGCUCAACCUCGGCGAGGAGAUGGAGGCCGAGCGCGCUGCGUACAAGGCGAUGCCCUUCUGGAAGAAGGUCUGGAACUUCUGGUUCUAGAUGGCGCCGCUGCUGUGCUGUCUUUCGCCCGCGCGGUGUGUUGUUUAGUUUUUCGAACACAUUCUGGAUUUUUCGUUUGUUUGAUGUAAGGAGGCGGUUGUUGUAUAAUUGUGCAUGCACACUCACGGGCGCCCCUGUGCGUUUCGUAGUUGUCGUCGAGGAGCGUUGGAAUGAUAGAAAGCGGAUAUAUAUACCAAUCAAUCAACUCAACCC